ACGAGAUCGCAGUUCGUCGCGUUACGUCCGCGUGACGUUCCGUGACGUAUCCGGCGAUUCAGAUUUCAGAUUCGGCGGUCGGAAACUCUAUUGUCUCGGGCACGGCACACGUACGUGAACAACGUCGGCUCGCGGGCGGAUCGCUGAUGAAAUCGUUCGGCGAGCUCUGCGCUUUCGAGCGAGCAGCACGCGGACGGGGACGGAGACUCCGCGGCUCGGCGAUCGCGCGCCAGCGCUUGACGUUGCUGUCGUAGCGACAAAGAACACGAGGAAGACAGUACGAAGGAGACUCGGGGGGGAACAGAAUACGCCGAAUAACCCUCAGGUUGGCGGCGUUCCCGCACGGGGAAAAACCCCCCCAAGAAAGCGACAAAGGGGCUCGCGGCGCCGCGCAGAAACCGCUUUGUCGCGGUUUAUUUUUGCACCCGAAAUCGCUAUAUUCUUGUGCGCAACGCGAUCCCAGAAUAGAUCGCGACGGCGACGACGGCGUACAACGACGGCGUGGGAUGUAUUUUCCGCGCGCUGACGACGAGCGAGGCGUAUGAACUUUGAGGUUACCACGUCUCUGGACGGCCCCAGCUGACUUCCUCUCCCGUCGUAGCACGAUCCGCACGCACCCGCGCGUGGCGACGAGAGGCGUCCGGCACCUCGCGCGAGGAUGGACACCGCGUGCGAGAUGAUCGACGAGCCCCAGCAGUCGCUGAUCAAGCGGAUUUAUUAUUCGGCGAGGGACGGAAUGGCGAUCGCUCUUUACACCCUGCUCAACGACCAGCUCGACGAGGAUGUUGAUCAUCUGAUCAACCAGAAAGUCUUGGAAGACGAUGGACAGAGGUGCACACCUUUAAUAGUUGCGGCGCGUUACGGGCACAACAAGGUGGUCAGAAUGUUGCUGGACAAGUUCAAGCCCGAUUUAGAGCAGGAAGGGACGGUGAAAUUCAACGGAUACGUUAUCGAAGGGGCCAGCGCGCUUUGGGCCGCGGCAGGAGCGGGACACUUGAACGUCCUUAAAACCCUCGUGAAGGCGGGAGCGAACGUCAAUCAUCCAACAAAGACCAAUUCCACGCCGCUCCGCGCAGCGUGUUACAAUGGACGUUUGGACAUUGUUAAAUACUUAAUCAAUCACCAGGCGGAUGUAACUCUUCCCAACAUGUUUAACAACACUUGCCUCAUGAUAGCGUCGUACAAGGGACACCUGGAUAUCGUUAAUUUUCUAUUAGACAAAGGGGCGGAUCCGAACAAGAAAGCAUAUUGCGAGGCGACGGCGUUGCAUUUUGCCGCCGAAUGCGGGCACAAUGCGAUCGUGUGCGAGCUGCUCAAGUACGGGGCGCAAAUGACGAAGAAUGUGAGCGGCAUGACGCCUUUAAUAACGGCCGCCGAGCGGACGCGCGCGGAAGUUGUUGAAUAUCUGGUGCAAAGGAGCGAAGUGACGAAGGAAGAGAAAAUAGAUGCCUAUGAGCUACUCGGGGGGUCUUACGCUAACGAUAAGGAUAAUUAUUGCCUAACUAAGGCGUACACGUAUCUGUAUAAGGCGAUGGAGUUAAGGUAUAGCGAUACUGACAAUAUUGUACAUAAGCGAUUAGGGUCGACUGUGAAAGCGUACGAGAACUGGAAGGAAUGCGAAACGUUAGAAAAAUUAGAAAGUAUCAAAGACAACCCCAAUGCCAUACAUAUGGAGUCGCUCGCUAUUCGGGAGAGGAUAUUAGGUCUCAAUAACCCAGAACUGCCACAUCCUAUAGUGUUCAGAGGCGCUAUAUUUGCGGAUAACGCGAGAUUCGACAGAUGCAUAGACUUGUGGUUACACGCUUUAAAACUGAGACAACAGCUCAAUGAUAUAUCCAUUAUGCCAGACCUCCUUCGAUUUGCGCAAGUCUUCUCGCAAAUGAUACACGUGGGCGUCGAUCUAGAUAUCUCUCAAGUGCUAAACGUUCUGGAGGCAAGCGUAACGGAGUUGAAUAGGAACAAGGCUAGAAUCCAGAAUCCAGAUUCCAAGGAUGACAUCGAUCAAUGUGUUGAAGAGAUGGAAUCAAAUAUUACAACGACUCUCUAUAUUCUAACGAUUCUGACAAAACUGAUGACGCUCAACGGAAACAGAUGUGACGAGGCGGAUUUAACACAGGCGCAUCAUCUGGUGCAUAAAUUAUGCGCAUUACGGGUAUGCCUAAAAGACGGGCAGACUCUAUUGCAUCUUGCUCUGAAUGCCAAAACUCCCGUCGACGAUUUUCACACUAAUGACGUGUGCAAAUUUCCAUGCGCGGCUACAGCGCGAUUGUUGAUCCGUUGUGGCGCUGACAUAAACGCAAUGGAUAACGAAAGAAAUACACCGCUCCACGUUAUUGUCGGUUACGGUAAAGCAAUUAGCGAUUUUGCGACCUUACAUUCAAUUAUAAUCGAUCUUAUAGAAGCUGGAGCACAUAUGGAUACUGUAAAUAAUAAGGGACAUACACCGUACGACGCGGUCACUACGGGCGUAGCCAAAAUAAUAUUACGUACUCAGACCAAAUUGUCUUUAACGUGUAUGGCAGCCAAAGCAAUUAAAACUUACGACCUGCCAUAUCGUGGUAACGUUCCACGUUCGCUCGAAAGCUUUAUAGAACUUCAUGGACCUGGAUUUAAUCAGAGUUGACAAGUCGUCUUCAACAUUGCCAGGAAGAAUCGAAAUUGUCUUGUACAAAGCAUGUAAUAUUUAAUGAUAUUUUUUUACGCAAAGGAACACGUUAAGUAUCGGAAUAAUCUAAAAUUCUGAAUGCUAUAUAUAAUUUGAUAUCUCUUAUAUAAAAUUAGAGUUCCAGCUAUCUCAUGAAAGCCGCUUUUUACAAUGUUUACAGUAACGUCUUGAUAGCUCCUAUUCAACGAUACACAUUGAGAAUUGUCUUUUUUUAUUAAAACAUUGUACUUUGUAGGCGGUAAGUAGAGUAUAACUACAUAGUCGUUGCGUAAUGCAGUAUUUAAAUAACCAGCGGCUAUUAUGCGAUCGACUUUUGCUGUUGUUUUUAUCGAUUUUAACUGUAAUUACUGUGAUAAAUCAAAUCAAAUUGAAUAAACUUUUCAAAUUACGACGCAA